AUUAAUAAUUUGACAUUUUCGUUACAUGGAAUCGUUAUUACCUGUUGGUUAAUGGUAUCCAUAGAAAAGGCAAGAGUUGGAAAUCGCGGGAAUAUGGCGGACAGUUACUUUGGGCCCGUUUUAUGUAAACCCAGUUCUUCUCCUCCUCCUUUCUUCCUUUUCCGGAUCCCCAAAUUUCGGCUCCGUCUCCCGUCCUCCAAGUCUAUGGCUGCCCAUUGCCAUUGCUCCUCUAACCCUAAACCGGUGCAGCCUUCCUUGCUCGUCUUCUCAGGUGGUACUGCAUUUAAUGGUGUUGUGGAAGAGCUCAAGAAGUUAACCACUCGUGUGGCACAUGUUCUUCCUGUUUCUGAUGAUGGAGGAAGUACUGCAGAGAUUGUCCGGGUUCUUGGUGGUCCAGCUGUUGGGGACAUUCGCUCCAGAUGUUUGAGAUUGUCUGACCAAAGUACUUCUGAGGCUCUGGCUGUCCGAAAAUUGCUUGGUUAUCGGUUGCCUAUCAACCCUCAAGGAGCCAAGGCAGAAUGGUAUGAAAUUGUCGAAGGAGAUCAUUCUCUCUGGGAAGGUGUAUCAAGACCGUAUAGGGAAACUAUUCUAGCUUUUCUGGUUUAUUUUCAAAAUGAGAUUCUCCGGAGACCUAAUGAAACAUUUUGCUUCAGUAAUGGCAGCAUUGGAAAUUUCUUCUUUGCAGGAUCAAGGAUAUUUUUUCAGUCAUUAGAUGCUGCAAUUUUUUUGUUUUCUCGUGUCUCAGAUAUCCCCUCUGAAAGUCUGGUCCUCCCAGUAAUUUCAACCAAUGACAGGCUCACAUUAGGAUGUGAAUUAUGGGAUGGGACUAUUAUACGAGGUCAGAAUGAAAUUUCUCAUCCAACCAACAGUGCCAUGCAACCUGUAAAUAAGGCAAGAUCCUCAGUUCCCAUCCUUCCUUCAAGAAUAAAGAGGGUUUUCUACAUGUCAAGUGAGGGAAGAAAUUUGCUGCAUGAAGUCUUCCCAGCAGUGAAUUCAGCAGUCUUGGACCAGUUAAGUAAUGUAGACUGCAUUGUAUAUGCUAUGGGAUCCCUCUUUACUUCCGUCUGCCCAUCACUGGUCUUACUUGGCAUUGGUGAAAUUGUUUCUUCUAGGUCCUGUCCUAAGGUACUUUUAUUGAAUGGUACACAUGAUCGAGAGACAGGUGGCUUCUCAGCAUCAUGUUUUGUGACUGCCAUUGCAGAUGCUCUGAAUCGAACCUAUGGAGAUCCUUAUAAUUGUUUAAAGAAUCCUCCAAGUCAGUACAUCAAUACAAUUUUAAUACCUGAUGGUGGUGAAAUUCCUGUAGAUGUCCAAUGCUUGUCAGCCCAAGGAAUAUCUGAUGUGGUCGUUGUCAACUCCAUACAUGAUCCAAAAGUGGGCAUAAUUUUUGAUCCAGGGUCAUUGAUAAAUGCUCUGGGCAGUGUGGUAAGCAGAUACUUGAGGACAAAGAAUUGAGUAGAUUCUGCUGUGUUCAGGAGCAAGCAUGAUCAUCUUCACAUGUUUAUCAAAUGCUUCUGGACUUUAGGCUCGUUUGAUUCAGGGGAGAUGUCCUACGCUUGUGGCGUUAAUGUAUAUGAGAUGGCAGAUUCAAGAAUAAUCAUGGCAGAUGGUGUAACAUAAUUGAGAAUUUAAAUUCAAAUGGAUAAGGAUACCUUGUGGCCGAGGAAAACUGGGUGAUGCUGCUUGCGCGCAACAUUUGGUUUCACAGGAAGAGGACGAAAUUCUACAAAAUUAUUGUAGUUUGAAAAAAGUAACAUAUUUGUUUGGAUCCCAACAUUUAGAGAGUUCUCUUUCUCCUUCUUGGAAGUUCCCUCAUGCUUGACUCUUGUUUUGUACUUAUAGUUGUAUGCAAACUCCAUUUCUUGAAUGGGGAAAACACAGUGAAAGGCAAACACGCCACGACUGUCUAUCUCGACCGGGAACGACCAUACCCAUCAUUUUCUUACUCAAUUUCGUCAAGUAAUGGAUGUUAUGGGACAUCAUGUUCAGCCAACAGUGAAGCUUGAACCGUUGUGGGUUGGAGAUUUGAUUCAGACUCUUUGAAUUGAAUUAAAUUUUUGGUUAUUGA